UCGCAAUUUUCGUCCUUCGUCCACCCACCGUGCACUGGACCCUUAGAACCGGAAGUGACGUAUCUCACAAGAUUCACAGAAGCUUUCUCAACAUGGCGACCGGAAAUGACCGUCUGGAGUCUAUAAAACAAAGUCUAUAUGACGUUGUGGAUGACAUGCCAGAACAACCGUACUACCUUCCUCGGGGUGUUGCUGGCUUCGGAAAGCCGAAUGGCGGCGGCGGCGUGGCCAAUCCAAUCGGCUGGGAGGGCGACUGGUCAACCAUGUUGUAUAUAGGCAUCGGUCUUGGCGCCAUAAUUCUCAUCCUGGCCAUCUUUGUUUGCUGUGUGCUACAUCAACGGAAGAAGCAGGAGAGAGUUAGAAGGGCACAGAUAGAGGCUGCGUCCGGAGUCAUGAUUCCCGUAGUGGAUCCAGGCGUACCUGUGGUUCUCAAACCUCCGGCUUGAGUCCAAGACGUCUAGGAGUUGGAGGAGGAAGGAUAGCUUUUAAGCUGGACUGAGCUGGACUGCCGGGCCCUACAUGUCGAAGCUAGGGUGUUUUUCAGAGACGUGCGGACCAAUGACCGUAGAAAAUGU